CAAUAAAUACCAAAAUGGCCGUCCUCUCCUUGCCUACACCUAACCUGCAGUAGGCAUCCAGUCGGCGAACCGUUCGCAAUGGACUGGAAAAUUUCAUUUCAACAAUAAAAAAAAAAAUAUCCAAAAUAAUAAUAACAACCGCCCAACAAUUCCGACGAAACUGCUGUUCAACAUUUAGAAGAAAAGGAGUCCCAAGAUGUUUGAAAGGGUGGUGGCAACUCUCCUUCACCGUUAUUUGGGCAAGUACAUCCAAGACCUCGACACCGAAAAUCUAAACGUCGGGAUCUUCGGAGGUCAAGUCCAGUUGACGGACCUCAAAAUAAAACCAGACGCUCUUUACGAACUGGAUUUGCCUAUCGAGGUCAAAGUCGGAGCCAUUGGAAGGAUCAACAUCAAAAUACCAUGGGGAUGCUUCAGCAAAGAGUCCGUCGUGAUAGAAAUGGAGGAAGUGCACAUAAUAGCCGCGCCUAUAACAGACCGCGAAUACGACCCAGAGAAAGAGAAAAGACUGAUGAGAGCUUCUAAAAGGAGAAAACAGGAAUUGUUAGAAUCAGGAAAUAUUUUAGGAAAUGAUGCUCCAGAAUCUCCUACAUUCAUUGAGAAUCUUAUGACGACAAUAAUGAACAACUUACAAGUAUUUAUUCACAACAUUCACAUCCGCUAUGAAGACUCAGUGAUGAGCGAAAACCCUUUUGCAUGUGGGAUUUGCCUUCAAAGUAUAUCUGUUGAAACAACAAACAGCAAAUGGAAGCCGACUACGACGAUCCAGUCACUUUCGUCCGUAUACCAGAUGAUCCGGUUGGAAUCUCUGUCCAUCUAUUGUAAUCCUGUUUGCUCAGAGCUGGUCGGAAAAGACCCAGGCCAGGACUCCGCUGCCCCUUACACCUGGAGGAACGACAUGAAAAGGGGUCUGGAAACGUUUAGCGUUAGAGGGGAAGAGUUCGAAUUCAUAUUGAAACCGAUAACUGCAAAAAUGAAAUUGAUUGUCAACAAAUCGAAUGAAGCGCGAGUGCCAAAACUUUUAGUUGACUUUGUCCUGCAGGACGCUGCAACGCAGCUCUCUCGUCUUCAAUAUUUAGCGCUCAUCGAGCUAGCAGACUCUUUCAGAAGGAUUAACAUAAAUAGGCGUUUCAGGAAGUUUCAUCCAGGGAAGAAGCUUCCAGGAAAUGUACCUCUGUGGUGGAAAUAUGCGUACAAUGGCGUCCUAGAACAACGCAUAAGACCGUUUACUUGGGAGAGGAUCAAAACGCACAGAAACAACUGGAGGAGGUACUGCACCCUUUAUAAGCAGAUGUUGCUCAAACCGACAGAUACCGAACUCAAGCUGGAUCUUCAGCAGUGCGAAGACUUGCUGACAGUCACUGACAUCAUUAUAGCAAGGGAAUACUCAAAAUCACAGUUGUUGAAAGAAGCACCAGAACGUGUGAAUAUAAUUGAAAAGCAAGGCACGUGGUGGGCGAGGGGUGCCAGGUCAAAAACUUACAAAGAGCUUGAUGUCGUAGCGGAUAAAGGUAGAGGAAUCUGGGCCCAACUUUCGCCUUGUGAAAAAAACCAAGUUUUCGACGCUAUCGGUUACUGCCAGGAGUACAUUGUAUUUGACAAGCCGAAACAAUACAUAGAGCAUAAAAUUAACUUUACAUUGGCCAACUGUUCGCUGAGCCUGCUGAAACGAGGGCACGAAGUACUUGUUCUGACACUUGCUCAAUUUUUGGCAAGCCUUGAAACCCGACCGUCAGCGAAAGCUUUCAAGUUUUCAGCAAGGGUCGAGAGUUUUGUCAUUGAAGGGGCUAACAUCGAUCACGACCUCAUACCUGUGAUUACCGCUGACAAUAUCUACACGGGAAAUCCAGCUUCGAACUUUCUAUCCCUCGAUUUUGAAAAGAACCCACUUAACUCUGAAGCCAAUUACGGGCUUACGAUAAAUCUAGAACCAAUUGAAGUAGUAUACCAUGAGCAUGCUAUAUCAGAAUUGAUCAGCUUCUUUCAGACUGCGAACACAUCCCUGUCGAAAGCUUUCCACUCCCUGACAGAAAUCUGCUCGGCAGGUAUCAAAUCAAUGACAAGCAAGGCGAUAAAACGAUGCAGCUCAAUUGACUUGAAUAUAGACUUCAAACUUCCGUAUUUAGUUGUACCUGAACUCGGAACGUUACAGAAAGGUGGAAAUUUAGCCAUAAUUGAUUUCGGACAUAUUAAAGUUACAACCGAACUUCAGCCUAGUAAUAUCAAUUUGGAAGAUGCGACGCAUAUGGAACUGGAAGAAAGGCUUUACGAUAGAUUCAACAUAGAAUUUAUGGAUUUUCAAGUCCUGUUUUGUGAUGCUGGAGAUGUCUGGAGAGAUGCAAAGAAAUUGAGUGAUACCGAAUUCCAUCUCCUGCCAAAACUCCAAUUCCAGUUUUCAUUUUCUAACAGUGUAAAACCAGAAUAUAAAACAUUACCAAGGUAUAAAUUAAAUGUUGGACUGACAAGUUUAAAAAUCAACGUAUCAGACAGAAAAAUUGGUAGCGUCAUGGAUUUUCUUGACAAUCUGCCGCUUCCUUCUGUGAACACGGUGCAUGUAUCAGAAUCGUCGAAUAUCGUUAAUAUAGCGACUUGUAGCGAGUUUGUCAACGAUGUUUAUAAAGGAGACCCAUCCCACGAGGAGAUGCUCGAGCUUAAAAUAAUUCUCAUCGAGACUGUAAUAAACGCGAUUAACCGACCAGGCCUGAUGUCGGUUUCAAAGGGCAACGCGAAAGUCGCAACGAUGCAGGAUCACAAGAACACAAUAUCGACUGACCAAAGCGACGAAGAGAUUGAACUCUGGGCUAGAACGGUCGACCUGCCUGGUUUCGACGACAAUGUCUCUCCGAACAAUACGAUAACAAUGCUCUUGAGAUUCAUAGUCGGCGAGAUAGUAGUUCAGCUAUGCAGAUCUUGCAACCGCAUCGACAAACCGUACCUAAUGCUCAGAAUAUCCAACAUAUGCUGUGACGCUGCGCUUAUGGAGUACGGACCUGCCAUACAAGCCUCAGUAGGAGGGAUGCAGCUAGUUGAUAAACUUCAUACUGCUCCUUCUGGACAAUAUCUUGAACUUAUCGCAACAGAUCAAGGAUGUGAUUUAGCCACAAUGCUUUAUAGAAAAGUCAGAGCUGACUGUCCUGAUUUUAAGAGCCAUUUUCACAAUGUGGAACAAUCUUUGGUACUGGACUUUUCAAGUGCAAGGGUUGUCCUGCACAGAGAAGCUUUUGUCACGCUCAACAAAUACAUGCAGUACCUCCUUCAAAAGAUUCAAAACCGGGAGAUUUUGCUCGUUCAGAAAGUCAUGAAUAAAAUACCACUGGACGCCUUUGCAAAUCUCUGGGAUCAAAAAUCAGACCCGCCUAUACCGCCGGGUGCGACAAAAUUCAGCUAUUCGACCCGAAUGCACGAAUUCCACCUCAAGUUUUGUGAUUCUGAUGUUGAAUUUUUGGAAAUGAAGGUGAGCGGACUGGAAAGCGAUUGCCUGUUUAAAGCCAACGAGAGGAUGGUUUUGCAAUUUUAUUUAUCAUCUAUUUCCAUCGAUGAUCUUACAGGAAUGACUCUUUAUCCUAAGGUUUUAACAAUUGAUGAUGAAAAGGUCAUAAAUUUCAAGUACAUCAGGCACAAUCCUCGUUUUUACAAAACAGUCGAGAUCGAGACAAAAAGGGACGAUGUUAAAUCCGACGGCAGCCUUAAAGUACAAAUCGGCCGGAUACAGCUUGUCGUUCUGUCAAAAAUGAUCAUCGAUCUGCAACACUUCAUAGAGCCUUUCGUGAAACCAAAUAUGAUCCAUGCGUUGUUCAACAAAAUCGACAGACAGUUCCAGGAGAGAUUCGCCUUGCUUCGGUCUUGCAGCACUAAAAUCCACCUUGCUCUUGACUUCCACACACCUUCGUUUCUUUUCCCUCAGAAAAUGUCAUCCCCCGACCUAGUAAUUAUGAGCCUAGGGGAUUUAAGCGUAGAAAACUUUUUCAAAGAAAAAGUAACAGCUGAAGGUACAGCUACGCCCAUUAUAGACAACAUACUCAUAAAAUUGGAUAACAUCCAUCUCAGCAGAGCCAUAAUGACUUUAGCAGGAACAUUAGAAGCUCAGGAACCAGUCAUCGAGCCAUUAAGUAUUAAAAUUGAUGUGAAAAGAGCGGUGAAUUAUAAUGAUGCAAAGGCAAUCACAUUAUUUGCAAGAUCCAUGAACGGUAGUUAUUCCCAACCGCCUUCGCAGUUGCUUUUAUACCAAGUAGAUGGCUUAAUCGAUAAUGUAAUGAUAAACUUGGGUCAAAGGGAUUUGACGACGAUUUUAAGCGUCUGGGCUGAUAACUUUAAAAACGGAAGUUUUAUAAGUGAAGUUUGUAACAAUUGGUCUCCGACUUCGCCAAGCGAGAUUGUAACACCUUUGCCACCAAGCGAGGACCAGUCUGUACGUAAACUUCAGGCAUUUUUCUAUCAAAAUGAACAGAUCAAAAAAGAAAUUUCAGUGAGGUUUAAUUUCGAAGGCCUUCACAUCUAUUUGUUCAGCGAUUGCGAUGAGGUGUUAAGUUCGCCGAUGAGAGAUAUGAACCAAGGCCUGUGUAAACUGGAAACAGGAGAAGCUUUGCUCACCAUUGACGUAUUCUCGGAUAAAAGUUUGGAAUUGAAGACUUCACUUUCUACUUGUGUUGUUGAGGACAUAAGAAAAGAAACCGACCCGGAGAAUAAAAAAAUACUUCAGAUACAUUCUCCUUAUAUGGAGGACAAUAGCAACAUAUCGGUUUCAGCACCGCCGAUAAUCGACGCGACAUUUAAACAGACCCAGUCUGGUGAUAAAUGCAUAGAUGUCCUUGUUGAGUGUACUCGGCUGAGCCUUUCAAUAUCUUUCAUACUCGAUUUCACUCGGUUUUUAAUGGAUUCACUUCCACCGGAUAAAUACACGGAGGGAGGAUUGAUCAACCACGGUUAUGUCGGAGAUGGAGCUGUCAUUCAGGCAAAGCCAAUUGUCGAGUUAGCAAGGCCUCCAAGUUCAGUAGACAGUACAAGCGGAUAUUUUUCAUCGAGGGCUUCUUGCAGCGAUGAACAAACAGGAAUAAGUAUAUCGUUGCAGAUUAGGAAACCGGAGAUUAUGGUAUAUUCGUCAGGUGGUUAUUCGCUCUUGCUCAGGACAGAAGUGAUUGUAGACUACUCUAGGCAUAUCGGGAGGGAGUCUUUGGUUUUUUCAUUAGCGGGUCUUCGGAUUCUCACAAAAUAUCAGAACCCUCAUAACGAACAGUCUCCUUAUCUUGUUCUGCAACCUUGCGAUGUUGAGUUUGCUAGAACGAUAAAAGCUAAUGACGGAGGACUAAAGAUUACGAUGAAUGUGAGCUUUGUCGAUUUUCACAUAACUCCGAGCAUCAUUCACGCUACAAAUUUGAUCUUAGAUGAGUUCAAUGUUGGAAUGAGCGCUGAAGAAGGUGACAUGAGUAACAUGCUGUUUGGCAAUGUCGAAAUAGAAGAUCUCUGGUCACCUAAGAAAAUCGUACCUUAUCAGUUCGUUCACCACUCAGAGAAUUUCGGCUUUGGUAGAGAUUCAAUGGGCAGAGUGAGCGAAAUGUUCACGAUAACUGUACCAAAAGUGAGAGUCAUGUUCGAGCUGGAGGACGGCGUAAAGCGUGCACCAAUGAUUUUAGUCAAAACAGUCGCCGAUGCCGUAAUAAGUAACUGGACUUCAAAUCUGCAAAUGAAAGGCAGUUUACAAAUUCAAGCGUCAUACUAUAAUUCUCAAAUCGGAGCCUGGGAACCAUUAUUAGAGCCUUCUGUUGAAGACGAGGGUAUUUACAGGCCGAUUGAAAUGCAAAUCAAAAUUUUCAGAGCAAAAGCAUAUCUCAUUCAACCAAGGCUGAACACAGAGGAAAAUGGCGACAAAGAAUUGGUUAAUUCUAUGUGUAAAGUGGCGCAGAGUAAGAGCUUUCAGCGUGUCUUGAAUUCCGAAGAGUCAGAAACAUCUGCAGAUGAGCAAGAUGUUGAAACCGGAUCGAUGCUGUUUAUAAGAAAACGAUCGCACCGCGAACACAUCAAGACGAAGCAUGAAAGUGUCAGUUUGAUUAGCUAUCCGGAAGACUCCGAUUCAGAAAAUGAAGAAGGAGUCAUGGAAAAAUUGGCCAAUGCUAUAAAUCAUCUUUUUACAGGUGAUAGCAGCGAUGGAGAAGCGAGCGACAGCAAUGACUCAAAUGGUGCUGAGCCUUCGCCAGACACCGACGAUGUAUCAGAAGCCGAAUCAGCGACUAGCGUUUCGAACACAAACGCCGGAAAAGACACAAGACCGAUCCUCAUAAAAAAACGAAGUGAUUCCAUAGAUUCAGGAUUGGAGACAGAAGGGAUCGACAAGAUUGCAACUUAUGUCAUCAUCGACAUGAAAGAUCAAAUCGAACUGACAGUCACGCCUCAGUCUCUCAACGUCGUUCAAUCCUUGUACUCUGCUUUUACAAAUUUGGCACAACUUCCUUCUGAAAAUUCUUUAAACCUAGUUAACGACAUUACGCCUAAUUCAACUGUAACACUGUUGUCAAAAGCAGAGGUCGGACCAGCAAAGGUUUUAAUGACAGCAACCUAUGAACAUUCUGAUUCUAUUCCAAGUAGCCCAGCCUCGUCAACAGCGCCAACAGAUUUUUUCAGCCCUGUUGGAUCUGACGUCGAUGGAGAUUAUUUUGAGGAUGGCUUUUCAGCGAAGAAAAGCGAACCAGGCUCGACUGCAGAUAUGUAUUCGCCUUAUUUAAAAUUCCCGAUUGAACCUGUGUCAUGUCUCUAUAAAAAAGUGACGGAUCAUCGAGUGCGAGUCCAGAUUCCAAACUUUGACCAAAUUGAACUCCUAUGCCCUCAAAGGACUUGCAACAAACUUCAUCUUCUUCAGCCUAUAAAACAAAACACUCGUUAUUACAUUGUUCUGAGCAUAGUGUGCCACGACUGGGGGCAAAGUGUCACACUCAGGUCACCGCUGCAAAUGCGGAAUGAAACAUCAUAUGCGAUAGCGCUUUAUUACAAGAAAUCCAUACUCGAAUCAAUCGGCUACCCUCUUAUAGGAGAAUCGACAAACCCUUUUGAAGACACGUACAGGAUUGCCAUUAUCGAACCAGACGAGACUUUCAACGUUCCGCUUACGGUCGCUCACCACUGCAAACUCUACAUAAUGCCUGCUCAUGUCGAUAAUUACGGAAUAAGUGAUACAGCUCUUUGGUGGCAAGAUUUAGCUGUAGAUUUGAACUCGCCGAAGGAUAUAAUUUGCCCUUCUAAAAAUGAAAAAGACCUUACUGUUUUUUCAACUAGGGUUUUGUGUGAGGAUGGUGUUGCAACUCACAGGCAGUCUAGAUUAAUACCAAACUACUUGAUCCGUCUAAUUCCGCCACUGGCGUUUCAAAAUAGGCUGCCGUAUGCUAUUGAGAUCAAAAUACCUUCAGUUGGAUUCGAAGCGAGGAUCGAAGCCGGGGAAAACUCCUACUCUUACAGUCUCAACUUGUUAAAAAGCCAUAAAAUUUUUGUAAACGUCCCGAGUUACCUUGGCAUAGUCUGGGCGGGGAGUUUCACCCUGAGUCCUGAUGCAGAAGAAAAAAUCAUAGGCAUGGCGACUGAACAAGACACGGAAGGCGGGAACAAACAACUAGGUUUGAACAUGAAAGUCGAGAGGAGUGAAACAUGCGAAGUUAUACUUUACGCUCCUUAUUGGAUCAUCAAUAAAACAGGGCUUCCACUUCAAAUCCGAGCUUCUUUAACGGACGUUGUGUAUGAAGCACAAGGAGAAGAGCCGCUUUUGUUCUGCUACAGAAAACAGCGAAAGCCUUGCGUCAGAUUAAGGGCGUACCAUUCCUCCUGGUCGUCUGCAUUUUCCAUGGACGCUUUCAACACAUCUGGCCUCGUGAUUUGCAAGGACCGCGAGAGGAAAAGGCGCUAUAGGAUACUUCUCAAAAUUGAGCUUUCUGAAGUCUGCCCGCAACUCAUAAAAAUAGUCACCCUUCUGCCCAACUUCAUUAUAUCAAACGAAAGCAAACGGCCAUUGAGGUUCAUGGAAGAAAAUGAAAAAGCCGAUCUUUGGAUUGAUCUUAGCCCAUCCCAAUCAAUUGCUUUCUGGCCUGAGACGGAGAAAAUGAAUAUGUUCGUUAAGUAUAGAGAUAGUAAAGUUGUCUCUCAGCACUUCCCGUUAGCCACAAACCACUCAACAGUCCUCCGAAUGGACAAAGGGGGUGCACUUUGUGUGAAAGUAGCGGGUGGAGGUGACAGGCCGUUUAGUGUAAUAUUUCACAGUUACACAAUAGGCGACGCACCAGUCAGAAUUGAUAACUUAUGUGAGGAUCUAUUCUUAAAAGUUCACCAACAGCAUUUAGGACAAGUUGCUCUAUUAAGUCCUUAUCAAUCAAUGCUUUAUACAUGGGACGAUCCGUGCAAAGAAAGAUCUCUUCUGUGGAACGUUUACAAUAAAAAGUCCAAGGAUUACUUAGCCGAAGUCUGGAAGGAUGGCUACGGGCAGGAAAAAGUCAGCUUUCACAUGGUGAAGAAACAACAGUCAACACCGCAGGUUCCGACAGUGACGGCAAAACUUUCAGCAAGCCUUAAGCGGUUUUCGACUGUCCCUUCUCGGACUGGAGGAAGCAGCAGCAGUGAAGAUUCCGAAUCUGAUGAACUUCAAAAGCCUCAAUUAAUGAAGAAAACCAGGAAAGACAAAGUGGUUGUUUAUUGGGUCUCGUAUUUAGAAGGUCCACAGAGGGUUCUUUUAUUUACCCAAGAUGAAAGGGUGGCGUAUAAAACAAGAUUGAAAAUUGACUCGGAGAAAAGCUAUCUCGAGCUUUUCUUCUCUUUGAAAGGUUUUGGCCUCUCAUUGGCAAAUGAACAAAACGGCAUAUUACGAGAAGUGGCCUACAUCACUUUGAGAGAUUCGGCACCUAUUUGGGAAGUUAAUGUGGCGCACAAGUGGAAACCGUUGACUCUAGAGUUGGCAGCCUGGAUUGAAGAACGUUGGAGGCAAGAUUCCAAAAAAGCACAGAUGAAGGAGCUUGUCCAUGUUGACUUUGAAAAAAUGCACAUGACAAAGCCAUUCUAUGGAGAAUUACAAAGAAGGUACAUUCCUGCAGCUUGGUUGCAAUACAGAAAGUCAUUAAACUACAGCUACUUCCAAAUGAAAGUGCACAGGCUACAGGUUGAAAAUCAACUCCACAACGCUGUUUUCCCGAUUAUCCUCCAUCCUAAACCUCUACCGAGGUCUGUCUUGAGGAAGUCCAAUGACAGGCCUUGUUUAGCGAUAGCUGUACUGAAACGACAGCAAAAUUCACAGAGCGAUGAUGUCUACAAGUCGAUAAAACUACUAGUUCAGGAAUUCACGCUUCAGCUCGACCAGAAUUUUGUCUUUAACAUCUACUCAAUCAUAUCACCUUGGAUGACCGAAACAAAGCCCUCUGUCAGGAUACGAUCAGACAUUACAGCUUUGUACCAACCACUUUCAAAUUGGUGCAAAUUGUCGAACGAUCCAAAAGUAAUUAUCGAACAGAUUCAUAUUUCACCGAUAAGUCUUCAAGUCAACUUUGCGCUGAAUGGCAACAUCCCACAUCACGUUUACGGAAAGUCGUUCAACCAUGAUGUUAUAUACUUCUUAUUCGAUACGCUCUCGGCUUCUCAUAUUGAAAUGAAAGGGCUCAACCUGAAGACGACAUAUUAUGAGAGAAAAGGCUUGAUCGAUACGAGGCAGAAUCAAAUAUUAGAAAUCAUCUCGCAUUUCACAUCCCAGCUUUUCCCUCAGAUUCAUGUUCUCGUAUUCGGCCUUGACAUACUCGGAAAUCCUUAUUCGCUAGUGACUGACUUCACAGACGGCCUCGGCGAUAUGUUCUACGAGCCUUCAUUUUUUCAAGUUGAAAGUCCUGAAGAGUAUUGUGACGGCUUGCUGAUGGGCGCUCAAGUUCUGAUAGGUCACAUCCGCGGCCCAUCGACAUCCAGUACUCUCAUCACAAGCGGUCUUACAGACUCUUCUACGCUUCUUCAAUUCGACGACGACUAUAAAAAGAAGAGGAGAUUAUGCUGUAUGCAACAAAGCGGAGACCUUCCCCUCGGCAUCGUCUGCAACAGCAGAACGUUUGAAGUCGGCAUCGCUUUGGGGAUGUCCGGCCUCAUAAUAAAGAACCAGUCAGGACAACAGCAAUUCGGACCUACAACAACAGGCCUCCAACAACACGACGGGCUUGAGCUGUUUUUCAAAAGCAUAGGUAAAGGUCUCAUGGGUCUGCUGACGAAGCCGACCGGAGGGAUAGUUGACUGUAUAGCCAUGGCUUCGGAUGGAAUAAAACGGGCUUUGGAAAUGGGAGACGAGUUUGUUAUGAGGACCAGGCAGCCGAGAUACAUGGAUCAAUACUUGGGAGUUAAACCGUAUUCUAACUACGAAGCUUCUGGAAAACAACUUCUUUCAUUGGUAAAUAAAGGCCACUACGCUGACACAGAUACGUACUGGACUCAUGCUCCGCUGACUCCGGAUGGAAGAUCAUUUCUAUUAGUUACAUUACAUCAUGUGUUUCUAAUAGAAAAAUGCCGACUUUGGGGUACAUGGGAGGUCGAAUGGGGCGUCAGGGUUGACGAUAUCAUGUCCGUUCCAACAGUCGAAAAAAGCGCACUGGUUCUGAAAGUCCGUCAGGACGGCACGUUCACGUACAUGAACGGUGACGAGCGCACAGUUCCGAGCAGGGAUAAGCCGAUACUCCAGUGGCUGCAGAAAAAAAUUGAAUCCGUCAUGAUAAUCAACAUGGAAGACAAGCCGUGCCCUGUCGCAGUCGAGGAUUGAAUUAAUUAAUCGUUUUUAAAAAUUUAAUAAAAAUAGACGGAUCCGAUGAAGGAAUUAAAUAUAUUUUUGUA